AUGGCGACCGAUGCCUUGGUCGACCCGGGCGUAGAGCCUCAUCCUCAGACUGGUACCUCAUCAUCACAGCCAAACCUUGGUGAAGCCGGAAAGUUACUAUUGAAGAACCGCCGCAUCGCUAGUGACCGCGAUGAGGUUGUUCGCUUUAAUGACAUGUCUAUCGGCCAUCUCCCCGCCAAGAACUUCAUGACACUAGAACACUUGCGAGCUGCAGUGUUCGAUGUUCUUGUUCAGAGGCUGAAGAUUCACAACAUCGCCUCACCAGCUCUCAAACUGCAGAACUUUCUGUGGUGUCUCCCGACAUCGUAAAACCACUAUAUACACAAGAUA